AUGCAAUCGCAAGCAAGCAAGCGAUUGCUGGGCACCCUCGCCGCAAAGCUCCACCCACAGCUGCCGCUGUCGCCACGAGAGAGCCAGCAAUUACUCACCCUUCUCACCACCUCGUUCCGCGCCCACCUCGACCGCGAGCACCCCCUCGCCCUCCCCGAGAGCAGCAAAAGCAAACACACACAGAAGCCUGCAGACAGCCAUGCCCUGCGCAGCCCCUCCCCGCCUCACGCCACUUCGUCGUACGCCUCCGCCUCGCGCCACAUCGACUCCAUCCUGACCAACCCUCUGUUCGCUGUGAAGCCCCACCGGCGAGGAUCAGAGCCUGCAGCAGUCGAUGUGCUCAGAGACCCUAUGAGCUGGUUCUUGCGCGAGAUCGCAACAGGAGCCGCCAACCUCCCCAAAGCCGCCAUGUGCUUGGAGGUGCUGGAGAAUACCGCAGGCAACCCCUCUUCAGGACUACGGGGCGGAGCAACACCAGCUUCCAUUCUGGCCGAGUGGUUGCGGACUAGCGGCUUAGACUCGUCCAAGCAGUUCCUCGAGCUUUGCACAUCGAAGCAGGGUUACGGCAGCAGAUUCCUGGACAGACUGAUCACGCUGCUUCUCGCAGAGGGCGAAGUUGCCGUCCCAUGGCGCUGGUUCAUUCGCUCCAACGAGCAGCGUUCCAAAGAGACGGGGCUCGACUCGUGGAAAGUAGAGGCCUUUAGGCGACAACUGCUGGCCAAAAUGGUGUCCAUUGAAGCAACCACAGGACUGGAUAAAGGUCUGGCUGUCUUCCUGCAAGCUUUCCGAAUGGCUGAGGUCAGUGGACACGACUCGGCGUAUAGUAUCUUAAGGCCCGCUGGAGCCCACCUGGUGAACCGCAUCAGCUCAAGCCCAGAUCUAUCUAUCCAACCCGCACUAUACCAACCCUUCUUACAAUCAUCUCGCCUUUGGCUUGGAGAAUGGGGCCAGGCAGUCGAAUCGAUGCUGUGGCUGCAUCACCCCACCCAGCCCAGCGCGCUGCCUGGCCUUCGUUUCAUCCAGGAUCCCACAGGAGCCACCAAAUUUGCACAAGCUUCACGUAGCCGAAGGCAUUUCCUCGUCCAGCUCUGCCUAGGCGUUGCACGUCAACUGAUGGAGCAAGAGAAGUAUGCGGAGGCACAGAUUGCGAUGCAAUUCACCAAAGAGCAUUUUGCAGACAUUGUGCUCUCGAAAGUACCAGCUGUAGCUCAGCAAGCAACGCCACGGUGGAAAGAGCGCAGAGAGAGAGAGAAUCUGGAACUGUUGGAUCGCCUUGUUCCGACUUGA